CCUGAACACACCAUACAUGUGUGCUCACUGUGCUGUGAAUACUUGCUAGCUCGGUGGUAUAUCACGCACACCGACAUCGGCGGGACAUAAACUAUCACAGCAAGAUGGCUGAGACCGACGUUGAUAAUGAACUUCUGGACUACGAAGAGGAUGAGGAGCCCCAGGGAGCCCCUGAGAGUGGGACCCCGGCACUCAAGAAAGAGGUGAAGGGGUCUUACGUAUCCAUUCACAGCUCAGGCUUCAGAGACUUUCUCCUCAAACCAGAGCUGCUACGUGCCAUCGUUGACUGCGGUUUUGAGCAUCCCUCAGAAGUCCAACAUGAGUGUAUUCCACAAGCUAUCCUGGGCAUGGACAUCCUGUGUCAGGCCAAGUCUGGUAUGGGAAAGACAGCCGUGUUUGUACUGGCCACCCUGCAACAGAUAGAACCUGUGGAUGGACAGGUGUCUGUCCUUGUAAUGUGCCACACACGAGAGCUGGCCUUCCAGAUCAGCAAAGAGUACGAACGCUUCUCCAAGUACAUGCCGAGUGUCAAGGUGUCAGUGUUCUUCGGCGGCCUGGCCAUUAAGAAGGACGAGGAAGUGCUGAAGAAGAACUGCCCUCACAUUGUCGUUGGAACGCCAGGACGUACUCUGGCCCUCAUCCGUCAGAAAUCUCUCAGCGUAAAGAACAUCAAACACUUUGUGCUUGACGAGUGUGACAGGAUGCUGGAGCAGCUGGACAUGAGGAGUGACGUCCAGGAAAUCUUCAGGGUGACACCACACGAGAAGCAGGUUAUGAUGUUCAGUGCAACGCUCAGCAAAGAGAUCCGCCCAGUCUGCCGCAAGUUCAUGCAGGAUCCCAUGGAAGUGUUUGUGGAUGAUGAGACCAAACUGACGCUCCACGGCUUACAGCAGUAUUACUGCAAGUUGAAGGACAGCGAGAAGAACCGCAAGCUUUUCGACCUGCUCGAUGUCCUUGAGUUCAACCAGGUGGUGAUCUUUGUUAAGUCAGUGCAUCGCUGUGUGGCUCUGUCCCAGCUGCUGGUGGAGCAGAAUUUCCCUGCCAUUGCCAUCCACAGGGGCAUGGCGCAGGAGGAGCGAUUAUCUCGGUACCAACAGUUUAAAGACUUCCAGCGGCGAAUCCUGGUUGCCACCAACCUGUUUGGCCGAGGCAUGGACAUUGAGCGAGUCAACAUCGUCUUCAACUACGACAUGCCAGAGGAUUCUGACACAUACCUUCACAGAGUGGCCCGUGCUGGCAGGUUUGGGACCAAAGGCCUGGCCGUCACUUUUGUGUCUGACGAGGCCGACGCUAAGACCCUGAACGAAGUCCAAGACCGUUUUGAGGUCAACGUCGCAGAGUUACCAGAGGAGAUUGAUAUCUCCUCCUACAUCGAACAGUCCAGAUGAGUGAAGAAGUGUCUUUCCAGUGAGGAUCAUGUUUGAACCUUGGUGUUGCUGUAUGUUGGUGGAGGAAGAAAAAGGAAAACCCUCAGCAUUUAUUUUAAAGUCCUUCCCCCAUAUAUGUUGGCAAGUUCACAAUGAUAAAACUUUUUUCUUUUUUACUUUUAUGUCUUUGCAGGGUGCUUGUUUUAGUGUUUUCCUUGUUAAAACAUGGAUGUAUUGUUUUGGUUGAACAAAUAAACUUUUUAUACCUUAUUUCAUGGUGUUCUAUUUAAUUUUGCACUUUUUAAAGCAUUUAAGUUUCUCAGAUGUUACAAUGAAAAUACAUUUUCACUACACCAGUGUUACAAAAUACAAGCCUUGUGUUGUAGUUACAAAUCCUCACAAGCAGAGGGCGUUGUCGGCAUGGCUUGAAGACAGCACUGAUUUCCCAAAACAGUUUGCUACCAGAAACUGGCUGCAAAGUUUGAAACUCAACAAGCUAAGUCAAAAUAAAACCAUAUGUAAAACUUGAGCUCAGCAGACAGUUUUAUCACAUGGUUUGACCAACAAAAAUGAGUGACAGCUACAAUUUAUCAACAGUAGUGUAUAAAUGGAACAAUAAGACAAACUUGGAUCCAAAUAAAGAAAAUAUUUACAGAAUACAGUGUGAUCCAAAAAAAAUCUCAAAUACAGGUUUGUGUAAGACAUUUCUCUACACUGCAUUUAAUGCACAAACAAGAAAUCAAUUGGCAUUGGUCCAGUACUCAUUGAAUGCUUGUCAGUUUCGGAUAGUGUUCAUUAUCAUUUGAAGAACAGUGUCAUUCAUUGCUGUGUGUAAAUAUAAAUGGCUUGUCAUGUACUUGUGCCCAAAAAUGGCACAAUCGCUGCAGUCUGUGCUUAUGUUCAUAACAUGCUGAUUUGAUAUAUUUUGAAUAACAAAAGUCCACAUUUUCACUUUACAUAAAGCUGCAAAAGAUUCUUUUGCUUGUUGUCACUGAGUAAUCGCAGUGCAUUUUGGGACACGGAGUCAUCCACCGUCACAGUAUGUGAGGCUGUUGUUGCAGGUGAGGUGAUCCUUGUGCACUGCUGUCGUCAUUAUAGUUCCUAACUUUCAGUGCUAAACAAAGUGCUUUGUUGCUCUUGUAGUGUUUCUCCUUUCAGGAUGAUCUGAAUGUCUCAAAAAAUAAGAAAUCCUCCACACCUGAAUCAACAAUCAGUCCAGAGAGUGGAGGAAGUCCAUCAGGACUCUAAUUUAGGUCCCAUGUCUGUUUGAACAGGAGCAGUACACAAUCCGCUCCGGUCAUGUAAUAAUAUCACAAUAAAGGGUUUCCUUUAUGAUUGAGAAUAAAGGCAGCCCUGGUCUUUACUCAUUUGGAGCCAGAUGUGAAAAAUGGCCCCUAGUCUUGAAGAGUUUUCCUUCAACAAAAAAGACAGUUGACCUCAUCACAUUUAAAUAAUAAUAAAAAAAAAAAUCCCCCUCAUUACUAGUCUAUGAACUGGUGUGUAUCUCCGUACAUCCACUGCUGUGGAGGAAGGGCCACUUCAUUAAG